UACCACUGGGAGUUAUUAAACUAAUGUAUAAUUGUAGAAUUUUAAUCAUUCAUCUACAUUUGUGGCAGUUCAAAAUAAAUUUAAUCAACCCAAAUAUGGCCAUAUUUAUGUAUGACUUAAACUAUUUUAUAUUCUUAGCAAUUAAAGACAAGAUUGUUGACAAAAAAACAGUUUUUGCUGCCACUUGAGCAUUAAGGAGUUAAGGGUACGUGAGCCAUUAACUAGGUUUGAAAGUUGGUUUCAAUAAUUUUCAAUGCUGUAAAUUAUAUUCUUAUAAAAACAAUUUCAAUGGCAGUGGCAAGUGUUAAAAGCUGAAGUAAUAACAGAUGAGCCACUAAUAUUGACCAAUUGUCUAUACUUCAAUUGACUUAAUUUGGACUGAUGUGUUUAAAGGGCUGUUAUUGUGUAUCUCAAUCGUAUUUCAUUAGUUUGAGUGGGAGUGGCUGUGAAUGUGUUAAAAGCUGAAGUAAUGUUGUGUAGCCACUAAUAUUGACCAAGUCAUGUCCAUAGUUUGACUUAAUUUGGCUGAUGUGUUUACUUGGCUAUGGUGUAUCUCAAUCUUAUAAAAACAAUUAGUUUUUAUAGUGGCUGGCUGUUAAAAACUGAAAUAAUAUUUUUAAGCCACUAAUAUUGACUAAGUGCCAUAGGUUUGACUUAAUUUGGGAAAGCUGAAGAAAUAUCUUUAAGCCACGAAUAUUGACUUUCAAGUAAAAGCAUAGGUUAAUAAUAAUUUGGGCUGAUGUGAUUUAAAGGGCUGAUAGCAAGUGUAUCUUGAUCGUAUUUUCAACAAUUUGAGUGGGAGUGGCUGUGAAUGUGUUAAUCUGAUAAAAACAAAAACCAUGGUAGUGGCUGGCUGUUAAAAACUGAAGUAAUAUUGUUAAGGGGCUAAUAUUGACUAAGUUGAAGUUGGUUGAACAAAAUUUGGGUUUUAAUUGGCAGUGUGGUGUAGCUCUCAAGUGGGGGGAAAAGUACCUAAUGGAGGGAAAACCAAAGUACAGAGGCUUUGAGGAGCGGGAGAUGUACAAGCUGAUAUUUUUUUUAAGAGGCAAAAUUGUAAAGUUUGAUCACUCCUCAAUACAAAAGCUAACAAGAGUUUCUCAUGGGAUUUACAGAAGUGUAUUCUCGAGACUUUCACCUGGGUAAGUUUCUGUGUAUACUUGCCACUUCCUCUUCCCUCUCACCCACUUCCUCCUAAUGAAAAUCUUGACCAUUUUUCACAGAUGAGUCAACAUGCAUGCACUGACAUAUAGCAUCCAGCAGCUGUGACUAGUGUCAAAAGUUCAGGGAAACGUGAUUUUCAAGGGCACACUAUCCAUACGUAGAUUUCACCACUUCUUUUAUAAUUUUUGUUGGAGUUGGUUGGAGUGCACUAGGGAGGAGAAUGUCUGCUGGGUGUAUCUCAGCCUCUCUCUCAAAGGUAUGCAGAUCAUCUACCCGAGAGGUUGCUAUUUUCUUUUUAUUUUAUUUUUUGAGUCCACACAGCACUAGGUUAGUGUUGAACUGGGCCAUACUAUAGAAACAUUUAUAGGAUUGGAGUAGAUGUAGAGAGCCAUUUUGUGCUGGAGUGAAGUAAUCAGUUUAAAGGAGACAAAAGGUUGGAUUUAAAGGGUGCAACUUCCUGCACCAUAGUCCGACCCCACAGCAUCCUGGUUUGGUCUUUUGUUAGCUAAAGUACACCACCAACCUAUGAAUACAAAUUUACAUCACUAAUUACCUAGUUGGAACAUAGUAGCAAUGAAAGUUGUAAACUGAACAACUGCAUGGAAUAACAGAAAACUUGGAUGAAAUUACCUCAUUAAUUGUACAGAGGCAUUAUAGUUAAUCUAAAUUUGCAACAACUAAUUGGCAAUAGGCCAUGUCUGGAAAAUACAGUAAAUCUCAUAUUUUUCUGCUUUAUAUUAUCAGUACUCACUAAUAUUGUUAACUGAGACAAUAAGGGGCAAAAAGUGUUGGUGAAGAGGAUUCUGUUUCUACAUAAUAUAGCCUGGCAGUUUGUAUCUGGAGUAGAGUCUUCAUGAGGAGCAGCAAUACAAGAGGAAAGUUUAUGGCACAAAGUGGAGGAGGAAGGGGGAGAGGAUGGGGUCUUUCUAUACGACAACAGCCUGAACCUUACGCAUUUAUAGGCUGAUCACGUCGACCCCUUAUAAAUUCACAAACCCCUAGAGACCCUGAUGAGCCAAGUGACGAUGACUCUACCGAACCUCCAAGGUCGGGACCUGAGAGUCAUAGAGACGAUAUUGCGGAGCCCGCCACAAUGCCUGUAACAGAGCCGGUCAAACAGAAGAAACCUGGACGGGGGCCUGCGAAGUGCACUGAGUUCAACAAACUUCGAAAGCAUGGUAAAAUACCUCUUAAAAUUAGCGAUGGAGAGAUGGCCCCAUGUUGCGAAAAUGUCGAGAUGUUUACGACACGAAUAAGUUGGAUAUUGAAACAUAAUGCUGACAUGAGUUAUUAUAGAUGGACCGAUGUGCCUAAGGCCGAUAAGGAUGAGUUGAUUGAGCGAGUCCGAGGUGACUUAGAAUUGGAUUGGGAUCUUUAUAAUCAUCGGAUGGCAGUUAUGAAAGCAUUGCAUAAGCGUUUUAGUGCUUUCCAUUGUGGCUUGCACAAAAAGUAUCUUUCAUAUGGUAGCCAUGAGGAGGCCUUGGCAUCCGGGUCAAUCUUGGUCAACCCCUUAGUAUGGGCUAAACUGUGUGAACGGUGGGGAAGUGAUUCCUUCAAGAAAAUAUCCAACCAAAAUAGAGAGAAUCGCAAAAAGCACAACAUCAAUCAUAAAGCAGGGAGGAAAUCAUUCGUAAGGAUUCUAGAGGAAAAGAAAGAGAUGGUUGAAAAAAUGAAUAGUUUGGAACCUGAAAAACGUACGGAAGAAUCAGUAGCAGCUAUAUUUAGGGAGGUACUCGGGCAUAAGGCUGGCUAUGCAAAAGGCCUAGGUGAAAUGGUAAUCCCAGAGUCAACAAGAGAACGUGACCGUCAACGGGAUAAAGAAUACGCUACCUUAGUGGAACGACAUCAGAAAGACGCUGAGUAUCACAAGCCAACUGUAGAGGUUAUGAAAGGAGAUAUGAUUAAAAUGAUGGAGAGGCAGCUUGAAACUGACAAAAUCUUGAGGUGGUUGUUGGCUGAAUGACAAUCAGCCGGAGAGUCUGAAGGGGAGACUCAGUGACCAAAUGUUAAACAAAAAAAAAAAAAAAAAACAUUUUUUGGGAAUUUUUGGGGUUCUUAUAUAGUGGGAUGGGUUUUGUUAAUGGGUGUGGGGGGUUAAAGAAACUUUUUUGUGGGAGCUAGCUGAGUAGCAGGUGUGGGAGCUAUUGGUGGCUGUGUAGUUAUUGGUGGCUGUUUACAGACUAAUAAUGAAUUAACCCUAUGAUUAUGCUGGUAGGUUAUAUUGACUUUCAUGGUAAUUUUAUGGAUGUGUCAGUAUUGAAAAAUGUUGGUAUAUGUGUUGUUGUGAUUGCUGGACAUGACAAGGAGUGGUGCAUUUGGGUUUCUUGAGUUAGAAACAUGUGUAUUUCACCAAUAAUACUGCAGAAAUUAGUUGGUUUAUUGUGUGGCUGGGGUUAGGUCAAUUAAACAUGGGCUGGGUAUACUAAAAGCUAUAGGAAGAAUCCCCUUCUGACUGGUUUUCAUUAAAACCAGUCAAUAAUAAAUAUAUAUGUAUAUGGGCCUUUUCAAUAUUUGAUGGUUAUAUUCUAUCCAUGGUUUGUGAUUAAAUUUAGCUCCACAAAAUGGAUACAAAUUGUGUGCAUGAUAUUUAUAAACUAUUAGGGAAAUGAGUGUGAACAAUGUUUGUUUACAUUGAAAUGGUUGACCAGUUGGUUGAAGUAAGACUCUUGCAUAGUUGUGAAGAUGUGGCUGCUUAUAUAUAUGUGCAUAUUGGGUGCUGCCCCGAAAGAAGCAUGGUAGUAAGUUGAUGAUCGAAAACCCUGAAAUGCUGCACCUUAGUUUGGUGAAACGAAGGAUGAUAGAGAGAUGCUGAAAGUGGGAACAAUUUGGUUUCAGAAAUUUGACCCACACCUCCUUCCCCAACAUUCAUUUUGUGUUUAAAGAUGUCCCACCCACUAAUCCAGUACAUGGAAAGUGUUUAUAUUAUUUUGGUUAACAAAUUUCUGGAAUGUAAUAUGAUGUUAUUUAUGUAAUUUGCACAACUAGA